CAGAAAGUGAGUUCAUUCCCUCGAGCCGAGCGGAGACGGAGCGCCGUCGAUACGCUUUUUUGCCCUUCCGUUGAUAUCCAGCACAUCGAGCCAGCGAGACAACGGACCGACCUCGCCACCGAGCCCGGCCAUGGACGAGCAGGCGGGGCCCGGUGUGUUCUUCAACAACAAUAACAACUCUGUUUUACCCGGCGGUGGGAAAGGACCGCUGCCUGAUGGCGACGCUGGGGAAGCGGCCAGGGCGCAGUACAGUAUCCCGGGGAUCUUGCACUUCCUGCAGCACGAAUGGGCCCGUUUCGAAGUGGAGAGAGCACAAUGGGAGGUGGAGCGAGCUGAACUACAGGCCCAGAUCGCUUUCCUCCAGGGGGAGAGGAAAGGCCAGGAGAACCUGAAGAAGGACCUGGUCAGGAGGAUCAAAAUGCUGGAGUAUGCGCUGAAGCAAGAGAGAGCAAAGUACCACAAGUUAAAAUACGGGACAGAGUUAAAUCAAGGUGACAUGAAGCCUCCGAGCUACGACUCGGAUGAGGCCAAUGAGAACGACACUUCUGGAUCGCUCAACAAUCAGCUGUCCUGGAAACAAGGCCGUCAGCUUCUCAGACAGUACCUGCAGGAAGUCGGCUACACAGACACCAUCUUAGAUGUGAAGUCGCAGCGAGUCCGAGCCCUGCUGGGAUUGGCCGGGGAUGGGGGCCAGAGGACGGGUGAACGGACGGGUACCGAGCCUCUCGUCAACGGCACGGACACAACGAAAGGCGUAGGCUCCAGGGGGAAAGCUGAGCUCUCCGACACUAGUGCUGUACUGGAGGCCUUCAAAUUCAUUGAAAAUGCUGCCGCCGAGUUCAGCGAUGAAGAUGAGGAGGAAGACAGCGAGGGGAAGGACAGGACUAACGUGGAGUCUCGGACGAUCAUGAGGAAGAAGCCCCCGUCGUCGUCGUCGUCGUCGUUGCCGGCGAGUAUGGACACCAGCGAGGACCCUGACACAGAGGAGGCGCUGAAGGGCUUCGACUUCCUGUCGAGCCCCGAUGAGAUGGACACCUCGCCGGAGUCCAGAGGCCCGGGGGACGGCACAGACUGGGAGAAGGACGAGCAAGGUCCCAUUUCUGAGGCCUGGGACGUGGACCCGGGCCUGAUUACCAAACUCAAGGAGCAGUACAGAAAGGAGCGCAAGGGGAAAAAGGGGGUGAAGAGGCCCAACCGGUCCAAGCUGCAGGACAUGCUGGCCAACCUGAGAGACGCAGAGGACUUGUCCCACAUGCAGCCUCCGUCCUCCCCUCAGCCGCGGUCCAACGUUGCCCGGUUCAACGAGCACGACGGGAAUCGGACAGAUGAAGUCGUUGAGGCGCUGACCUUCCCUCCCACCUCGGGGAAGUCGUUCAUCAUGGGCUCAGACGAGGCGAUGGAGAGCGAGCUGGGUCUGGGGGAGCUGGCCGGUCUCACUGUGGCAAACGAAGCCGACAGCCUGGCGUACGACAUCGGCAACAAUAAAGAUGCCAUGAGGAAAACGUGGAACCCCAAAUUCACUCUGCGGAGUCACUUCGACGGGAUCCGCGCUCUGGCCUUCCACCCCGUGGAGCCCGUCCUGGUCACUGCCUCCGAAGACCACACACUGAAGAUGUGGAACCUGCAGAAGACUGCGCCCGCCAAAAAGAGUACAUCGUUAGAUGUGGAACCUAUCUACACUUUCAGAGCCCACAGGGGGGCUGUGUUGAGCAUAGUGAUGAGCAGUACAGGCGAGCAGUGUUUCAGUGGAGGAGUGGACGGUACCAUCCAGUGCUGGAACACUCCCAACCCCAACAUCGACCCCUACGACUCCUACGACCCGUCGGUGCUCCGUGGCGCUCUGGAUGGACACACGGACUCAGUUUGGGGUUUGGUGUACAGCAGCGCCCACCAGCGCCUCCUGUCCUGCUCCGCCGACGGCACCGUGAGGCUCUGGGACGCCAACACCAUCUCUCCCGCCCUCGCCGUGUUCAAUGAAAACAAAAAGCUGGGAGUUCCCUCCUCGGUCGACCUGGUCUGCAGCGAACCGGCUCACCUGGUCACUUCCUUCACAAACGGACAGAUUGGACUCUUCAACAUGGAGACUCGCCAGCUGGUCCUCAGUCUAGAGUCCAAUUUGGAUCCAGGCACCCCCAGUCACAUCAACAAGGUCCUCAGCCACCCCACCCUGCCCAUCACCAUCACCGCACAGGAGGACCGCCACAUCAAGUUCUACGACAACAACAGCGGGAAGCUGAUCCAUUCCAUGGUGGCCCACCUGGACGCUGUCACCAGCCUCGCUGUCGACCCCAACGGUCUCUAUCUCAUGUCAGGCAGUCACGACUGCUCCAUCCGUCUGUGGAACAUGGAGAGUAAAACCUGCAUCCAGGAGUUCACGGCUCACAGGAAGAAGUUCGAGGAAUCGAUCCACGACGUGGCGUUUCACCCGUCUAAAUGCUACAUAGCCAGCGCCGGGGCAGACGCCCUCGCCAAGGUGUUCGUAUGACGCGGAGCCGGAGCCGCGUCUCCCCCGACAGCCCCGCUCUCUGACUCAGCCUCCCAUCAUCAGGGACCAAUAGAGACACAGCAGGGGAAGGACCUUCAGGCAGGGGUCCAGUCCCACCUCACACAGCCCACUGGUCUCCUGUCGGACCGGCAGACUAUGUAGCCGCUCGCCUCAAGCAGGCUGUGACUCUCCGUGGAAAGGUUCAGCGGGGAGGCCAGUCAGGAGGAGAUCUGCUCUCCGGUCCCCCGCUCACCCCUCCCUCACCCCUCAUCCAGGCAGGCCUGGGUGUGACCGGGCUCAGCGCCCCCUGCAGACGGACUACAACUCAACCUCCGCAGCUCGGAGGCUCAGGACAAAGUGUUAAGAGUGUUCGGGUGGAGAAACGAGGUCUAAGCCCCUUGUUCUUCUUCUCCUCUGGCCCCCUUCGGCUUCACACUCACCCCCAGACCGCCUCAGGCCGUCGACCUUCCCUCUCUGACAAACCAGGUCCUGGCCCCUUUACUCCAAGUCAGGUUUUGUGUUGUGUUGUUCCAGAAAUGUGGGGUACUGAAGGCUCGCCGGAGCUGUCACGGAAGCCACUCACUCACUGUCUCACUCACUCACUCACUUCUUCUUCUUCUUCUUCUUCUUCUUCUUUGCUUCCCAGACUGACUCUGCUUGCUGGCCUGCCUUUAUUUUUUCCUUUUUAAAACACGUAUUGACAAAUGUGCCUUUGCUUUAAAAAGGUCUUGAAAAUGGUAUUUUAACAAGCUUGGUUUUGGGGAACAGGGAGGGGAGAGGAUGGCGGAGAAUUGGAGCUGGUUGUCACAAUGUUGUUGAUUUUAACAUUGGAUGUAAAAUUACAAAUGCUUAUAAUAAACAAAAUAUAUAUUCAGUCUUAAAAUUUACUGUGCAGCGUGAGUUUGAGUGCUCUCCUUUUUGAUAAGUGUGGCUGGGGAAUCAGUUUUGUGCAUUUUGAGGCAAAGCUGGUAGAAUGAUAACAGACCAUUAAAUAUAUUGCCUGUUUGUUAGAUUCAAGUACUUGUACACUUCAGAAGUAAGAUUACAAGCUUAUGUGUCCAAAGUAAACCAUCCUGGUUAUAUAAAUACAAUUCAAACUUGGUUCUAGAUGUCAAGUUUAGGAAUAACUGAUUUUGGCCAGUUUGCUCUUGUUUGAACUGAAUGGCUUGUACUGUAUGUAGUUUUCCCCAGUCGUGUGGACAUGCUUGACUACGAUGUGAUGUAUCAUGUCCAGAUAUUUACAGUAGUCCAGUGUUUAGCCAGAAUUAGUGCAGUACUUUAGGACUAUUUGAAAUAUUGAGUUAACUUUCCAACACGGAGGAAGGAGAGAGAUGUCCUGCGAGUCCAGUUUACUGUAAACUGAGGAGGUUAAAGGAAAGGAAGAAAGAGGAGGGGGAAAAAAAAAAUACUUCAAUCAAGAUGUUGUACAUGUAGAGUACAGCUUCUAAUGAGCCAUUUUCUCAGUCACUGGUUUGUAUAUGAAAUUAUGUUCAAAAUAAAACCUGCUGUAAAAUGUU